AUGGGUCUUAAAUUAAGAAGAGAUAAUAAGAUUAGACCUUUUACUGUCCUUUCUUGUGAUAAUAUGCCCAAUAAUGGUAAAAUAUUAAAGAAGAUGGUGAUACAAUUUGCUACAGAGAUAGACGUAGAGAUGGCAACAUGGAUCAGUAAACAUGUAUGUUUUCCUUCAACAAUGGUGGAUAGAAUAACACCAAUAACAAGCAAAGAACAUAUAACUUUAUUAGAGGAAGAUUACGGUAUAAAAGAUAAAUGGCCAGUUGUUGCUGAAGAUUAUAGACAAUGGGUUAUAGGGUAUCUCUCACGCAUACAAUUCUAG